CCUUUUUUAAAGAUAAUUUUGUAUGAAAAUUGUCAUGAAGAAUGGUUUAGUUUCAAGCGCUGCAACUAGCCAGGUGUUUUACUGAAAAAUAUAGGCCUAAUAUGAAAGCACUAAAGCAGAUCAGCGGAUGUAAAGAAACGGAUAAUGUCAUUUAUCAUGUUUAUAUACCUAAAUAAGUAAGAACCAUUCAUCCUUGAAGCCUUUGUUGAUCAUUUAAAAGCCAAGGGUAUCGUGUGCAGAUACACGUGAGGGUUUAUUGAUCGUAGUCAACCGUAAGCUGUAAAAUACCCGAAUUACUCCUUGCAUUGUGCACGGUGGAAGACGAUUGGAUUGUUUGGAAAGUGGGUGUUUCUAAACACUGUUAUGUAACUUUAAAAAAACGUGACAAUGGAACUGAGUUAUGAAAAUAUACAAGUUUGAUUCCAGUGCACUUAAUUGUGGUCAUAUGCUAGGAAAUCGAUAAUUAACAGAGUCGCCUACAGGUAGGAAGCAGAAGAAAGGGCUGGAGAGAAAAUCCUGUGGACUCGGUUCUAAGUGACUAUACAGGAUGACUAUGCAUCAAGAGAAGCCGAGUAUGAAUGGGACCACCAAUCAUGCCAAUGGCCACAUCCCUGCAUCUAAGGAGGAGAAGAAACCCAACAUACUGCAGAGGGCGGCUAAUGGUAUCAUCUGGUUCUUUGAGACUGGGUUUGAAAAGAUUGGUACAUUUCUGGCGACACACCCAUGGAAGACACUUCUCAUCACGUCAGCCAUCGUUGGCCUUUUCUGUAUAGGUAAUAUCAAAUUCGGCGAAAAUGAAGACAAUAGUGUGAUUUGGGUGCCAUCAGAUUCCGACCUUAUGGACCACAAAAAAUAUGUUGAAAGUGUAUACCCAUCAACAACAAGAUUUUUCUACCUUAUUCUUGUUGCCAAUGAUGUUAUGGAUCCUACUACAAUGAGUAAUAUUUACAAUAUCUAUGAAAGCAUAACUGCAGUCACCUCAAACUCUGGAAAUUAUUCAUCAAUAUGUUUCAAAUCUAAUGGAAAUUGCCUGGUAACAAGCGUAUUGGAGCUGUGGUCAUACAAUAGUGCUACCAUCAGUGGUCUUAAUGCAGGAACGAUACGAUCAGAUGUAAACACUAUAACAACAAGUCCCAUGUACUCAUCUCCAUGGGAAGCCACAAAGUAUCUGGGAGGAAGAACAGUGUCAGGAUCAGACAUAACAGCUGCCAAGGCGGCCUACAUCACCUUUUAUAUUGAUGCAACAAGUGAUAGUGAUAAAACAGCCGCAGAACAGUGGGAAGAAAAAGCUGUGGAAAAGGCCAAGAGUCUGGAUGGUCAAUCAGGAAUCCAGGUCUUCUAUUUUGCAACUUUCAGUCGGGGUGAGGAAGCAGGUGGAGCUAUAAGGAAGGAUGUGUCCCUGUUAUCAGCUGGCUAUUUCCUUGUGAUUAUCUACCUGUUCAUUGUCUUUGGGAGACUCAACUGUGUAGAACAAAGGGUUGGUUUAUCCCUAGCCGGCAUCAUUGUGAUUGGAAUGACUAUAGGGUUUUCCUUUGGAUUGUCUAGUGCUGCAGGCUGGAAAUACGGACCACUUCACUCCAUUCUGCCUUUCCUACUUCUAGGUAUUGGAGUAGAUGACAUGUUUGUCAUUGUGGGGUCAUACCAGAGUCUCAGUCACCACGAACUCAGCCUGCCCUUACCCCAGAGGAUGGGGAAGCUGUUACGACACGCGGGGGUAUCCAUUCUUGUGACGUCAGUCACAGACAUCCUGGCUUUUGGAAUAGGUGCUACAACA